AUGUCCUUUGGUGGUGGCGGCGGCUUUGGGGGCUUCGGCUCCAACAACAACAACAGCAACCAGUCGACUGGGUUUGGUGGCUUUGGCGCAAACAAUAACGCCGCAGCUACUUCAGGUGGCGACGCCAUGAGACCGCAGCGCAUGGCACCAGCCCGUCCGUCCCCCUCCAGGUCUAACGCACCUUCCGCCUCAGGCUUCGGUUCCAAUACCAACACAGGUGCUGGCAUAUUUGGCUCGAAUAGCAACCCCGCCACGGGCAGUAACAUGUUCGGAAGCACUGCCAACACGAGCUCUCCAUUUGGAGGCGGAGGCGCAUUCGGUGCAAACAAUGCUCCCAAAACAACUUUUGGCUCUACACCAUUCGGCGGCGCCAGCAGCGGAGGUCUCUUUGGCAACACUGGUGCCUCGUCGACCGGAAGUGCCUUUGGCGGAUUUGGUUCCACCAAUACGACCUCUACCCCGGCUUUUGGCGCAAGUUCCAAUACGGGAGGAAGCCUCUUUGGUCAGAACAAGCCUGCAACUGGCUUUGGCUCAACAACAACAGGCGGAGGCGGCUUAUUUGGAGGUGGCAGCACAGGAGGAUUUGGCUCCACGGGCACCAACACAACUGGCGGUUUCGGUGCAGCGACUGGCGGUUUUGGUACAGGAGCUGCAACCACGCAAAACACGGGAACUGCAAACACGCCAUUCCAGCCUUUUACCGAGAAGGAUGGAACCACCGGUAACGCACAAUCGCAAUACCAGACGAUUACGUUUCAGCAGCCCUAUCAAAACUUCUCACUGGAAGAAUUGAGGGUCGUGGACUAUAAUCAAGGUCGACGUUAUGGCAACCAGAAUGGUCAAGCAGGCGCGUUCGGUCAGAGCACUGGGUUCGGUGGCUUUGGAAGCAACAACAAUACCGCUGCUUCUACUGGAUUCGGCGCAAACAACAACACGGGUGGCAGCCUUUUUGGAGGUGGCAACACCAGCACCACGACAUCAGGGUUCGGCCAGAACACUGGCUCGGCUUUCGGUGCCAAUAACAACAAUUCAGGAGGCGGUCUCUUUGGCCAGGCCAAGCCCGCAACAAGUGGCCUCUUUGGAGCGUCAAACACCACGACUACGACUGGUACUGGCGGCGGCCUCUUCGGUGGCGGCUCGACGACAAAUACCACUGGAGGCUUCGGUUCUGGUGGAAGCGCAUUUGGUUCGUCCACAAACAAUACUGGCGGCGGCCUCUUUGGUCAAGCUAAGCCUGCUACAACUGGUGGUCUGUUCGGAGGCUCCGGCACCACCACGAACACCACAACUCCUUUUGGUGGCUCGAACACUACUGGCGCUUUCGGUCAAGCCAACACUGGUGGUGGACUCUUUGGGCAACAGAAUAACCAAACCUCGACAACAUCUGCUUUUGGUGCCAACAAUACCUCUACAAACACCGGCGGAGGACUCUUCGGCGGAGGAUCAACAGGUGCGUUUGGCCAAAACAACCAGACCCAGCCACAGUCUCAGAACUCUGGGGGGCUUUUUGGUGGCGGAGGUGCUUUCGGUCAGAACAAUCAGCAGAAUCAACCAAAGCCUGGUGGAUUGUUCGGCUCGUCAACGACCACGCCUGCUACAGGUGGCGGUCUUUUCGGUCAAUCCAACACGCAGACUCAGUCAUCCGGCGGUCUGUUUGGAGGGUCCACAGCGACCAAUAAUACCGGAGGUGGUCUCUUUGGCCAGAAGCCUGCUACUGCAACUGGCGGUCUGUUUGGUGGAAGCACUACGAAUAAUGCUGGCCAGUCUGGCGGAGGCUUGUUUGGUGGCCUCGGUACCCAGAACAACACUCAGCAAAAUGCUGGCGGUGGCCUCUUUGGCGGCCAGAACAACCAGCAGAAACCCGGGGGCCUGUUUGGAGGCUCUACAUCGAACACCAAUACUGGCGGAGGCCUUUUCGGAAAUCUGGGGCAGAACAACAAUCAACAGUCUACAAUGGGCGGCUCGUUGUUCUCCAGCCAAAAUCAACAACCCCAACAACAGGCUAACAACAGCAGCCUGUUCGGUGCAUCUGGAAGUUCUUUGCUCAACACUUCCAUGAACACCAACCCCUACGGUAAUGACGCUUUGUUCGCUGGUCUUGGCACUCCGACUCAGAGUCCAGGCCCCAUUGCCACUCCACUCUCAAGCAGCCAGAAGAACAAGAGGAGUGCUAUUCUACCCCAGCACAAGCUUAAUCCAGCUGCAUCCACAAGGCUACUCACACCCCAGAGUAAGAGGCCUGGUGGUUAUGGAUUCAGCUACUCUACCUACGGCACUCCUGCUAGUAGUCAGAGCACAAACAGCCCUAGCUUUGCCGGUAGUCUCUUUGCCGGUUCUCGUUCUCUGAGUAAGAGCAUGUCUGCCAGCAAUCUUCGUAACACGUUCAACCCUGAGACCAGCAUCCUCGCACCGGGCGCAUUCUCCACUACUGGACGCAAUUUCGGCAAUGGUAGCUUGAAGAAGCUCAAUGUUAACCGCUCCAUCAACACCCGCAUUCCCUUGUUCGACGAGCCAGCUCCAAAGCGCGUCAGCUUCGCCGGUGGUGAGUCUUCGAACGGUGACACCAAUGGCGAAACCGCUCUGGUCGUACGCGAGGAGGAAAAUGAUGCUUCUCCUCGGGCCGUCAACGGUGAUGCCGGAAGGGAGACACCUCGCCCACAGAUGCAGCAGGUGAAUGGCUCGGAAUUGACUCGUGUUCCAGAGGAUCGCGUUCUAACACCAAAGUCGUCAUCCUCGGUCAACGCUCAGCCUGGCGAUAGCACAAAGCCAGGUGACUAUUGGUCUAACCCUUCUAUUGCACAGCUCAAGAAGAUGAGCAGACAGGAACUUCAAAGCGUACCCGACUUCGUCGUUGGUCGCCACAAUGUAGGACAGAUCAGGUUCAACUGCGGAAAGCCCGUUGAUCUCUCCGACGUCAACCUGGACAAGCUCUUCGGUGACAUCGUUCAACUCUCUCCUCGCAAUGCCACUGUAUAUGGCGAGUCCUGCACUUGUCUGCCAAAGCCGCCGUUGGGCUCUGCGCUCAACCAGCCCUCUGAGAUUGUACUGUGCAACUCUUGGCCCCGUAGCAGCAAGACCGGGAAGAAGGACGUCAAGCAUUUGGAACGUCUCAAGCGCGUCAGUGGCACCACUUUUGUGGAUUACAAUCAGACUACCGGCGAGUGGACCUUCACCGUACCUCACUUCUCCUCCUACGGUCUCAAUGACGAGGAUUACAGCGAUGACGAAGACGAGUCGAGCUUCCUCAGUGAUGUUCCGGACACGCCUGCGGAACAAGAACACCGCUCCAGUCAAAUGACGAGCACACCACAGGAAGAAUCUUUCGUCAGCCCUCAAUCUCAGUCCAGCCCCGAUGAUACCUUUGACUUUAAGAAGGGCAUGCGCUCAAGAAAUAGCGUUCCUGGGGGGUUCGGUGAUGAGGCUGUGUAUGAAAACGAGGGUGCUACAGAAGACAGUCAGAGCCAGUCUUUUUUAGGCCAGCGCUCCGUGGGUUCGCUUGAUGGUCAGCAAGAUGCCGACUACACUGAAGAGAGCGAAUCUGAAUUGGGUCACGAUCAGGACAUGGCGGAUUCUGAUGCCCGGCCCAUUCUUACCACGGAGCAAGCACCCGCCAAGGAUGACCCCUUCCGGGAUACCCUCAAGCCAAAAUCCAUUCUCAAGCCCGGUCAAGUAUUGCGGCCUGGCAUGGGCACACCGACGAAAGCCAAACCUGUCUUUGAUGAUGACUGGGCCAAUCAACUUCAGCGUACUAUCAGUCCACGGAAGCAGGAUCGACAUGUCCUUCGCGAGAACCAGGAGAACGCUUUGAAAGAACAGGACAUGAAUGCCUCGCAGUUUGCGCAAACAUUUGGUGGCGGUAGGCAACUGACUACUGCCAUGGAUUUGAUGGACUCUCUUUUCGGCGAGACGCAGAAGCAGAGUCUUCCUAAGCGUGGAGGACACGGCAUUGAGUUACCCUAUUCCAAGCGACCCAAGACCGAGUCCGACCUCCACCAACUCAACAGCACCGACCAAGACUUUCACAAUUGCAGCAAACCCCGUUUUAGCGAAGCAAACAUCCUUGUCUUCGGCAACAAAGGCCCAGCGAGUCUUGAAGGCGGGGUCUUUUCCAGAGCUCAGGAACCCCUUGUAGGUGCUACCAAGGAUGUACGAUUCGUGAAGAUGCCGACUUUUGAUGAUGCUGCUCCUGAGACGUUGUCGUUGCAAAAGCAGCAUACCAAAAUCUUCGUCAGCAAUGGUACACCUGUAGCCAGACUGCAGACUGAUCCUGCGCCUAUAGAGUUCUCUGAUAUGGCCAAGGCUGUUGCUAUCGAUACCAAAGCGGGUGUCCACGAACAGCAAGCCUGGCGACUGCUGUCACUUCUAUACGACGACGCCGACAAGAUCCCUGACGGUAUGAAGCAUGAGUACCUGGAAACUCAUAAGAAGGAACGACUUUCGGAUUUCUGGAAGACCCUCGUUUGGGAUGAUGCGCAAAAACACGCCUCCGAAGCUGCUUCCUUGGAGGAGCGUGCUAUUGCUUAUCUCAGCUGUAACGAUGUCGCGGAUGCCUCAGAUUGGUGGCGACUCCUCAAUGCGCCAAAGCAUGGUCACACAGAUCGAGGAGUGGCGUCGCCUCGAUGUACUAUCCGAGAUGGAAGAUCCACAUCGGGCACUUCUAUGAAUUGGUUUUGGGGCACCUGUGCCAAGCCGGAGGGCAAACUGGGUGCUGGGCGCGAAAACAAGGGUUCCACAUUUGGCAUCUCCAGUCGCUUCGCUCUUGACGGGGGGCGGGCUUUCGGCUUACGACUUUGGUACGGCAUCAUGACCGACGAGCCCAUUGAACUGGCUAUUGCUCAAUUCGCCGACGCCAUCGCGGACGGCAAGGAAGAUGUCAAGCCUGUGCCAUGGUUCGUGCAAGAUGGCAUAGACAUGGGUUGGGGAAAUGCGAAGGCCAGGGACUGCGAGGAUCUGCUUUGGGGUAUCCUCAAGCUCUAUGCUGCAUCACGAAUGGAGCUCGUGGCCAAUAUCGAAGACGUCCUGGCUCCGGAAAACGUGUCUGGUCACCCUCUCAACGCGCGAUUGUCCUUCCAGCUGUUCCAGCUGUUCAGGUCGCGUCAAGACGACGAUCGCGAGUCGCCUGAGCGUAAGGUUGGCAUGCCGACUGUCCGCGGCGAUAGCGAAGGCCACCGCAAUUCUUUCCUUUCAUCAGCAACACCUGCUGAAGGAACGGACUCGCAAGCAGAGGACCCGCUUACCGAGAUGGGCGACAAGAUUACCCUGACAUAUGCAGCCUCGCUUCAUACGGCAGAACACUGGACGACUGCCAUUUGGGUGUACACUCACCUAUCCUCCCCAACCAUGCGCGAGCACUACAUCCGCUCGCUGCUCAAUCAGUUCUCUAGCACACAUGUGCUUGAAGAAGGCAACCCCACCUAUGCCUACCUCACCCAGGAUCUCCGUGUGCCUACAACAUGGCUUCACAGUGCCGCCGCGCUCCAGGCUAAAUCUGAGGGUGAUAGCUUGCGCCAGGCUACUCACUUGAUCAAAGCUGAUGAGCUGGAGGAGGCCCACGAGGUCCUGUGUCGAAAAGUCGGCCCCGACGCCAUCAUCUCGCGCGACUAUGACCCUCUCCGCGAGUUAAUGGCCGGUUUCAUCACUUCAUUAUCGAAUACACCGAACUUAUCAUCAUCGUCAUCAUCAUCACGGGGUACAUCAGCUCGUCGCCAAGAACUCGUGGCCGGCUGGGCACAAGGUGGCCAAAUUUACUUGGACUACAUUGAACUCGUCGAUCUGACAAGCCGACGCUCAACCUACCGCGUAGAUGAGGAGCUCGACCGGGAGAUAUCCGAACUCCUAGUCAAGUUGCAGCGGGCGCUCGAGAUUGCAGGCCGCGAUCGACUGGCGUCGUGUGGAUUGGAGGAACGGGUUGCGCUCAUGGAGAUUGCGGGUACGGUUGCCAAUCUGCUUGCAAAGACUUCGUCCUACACCCACGCCGCUGUCCUCAAACUCCCCCUCACAGAGGACUUGAGCCUCAAGCAUGCUUGCGACCUUGGCACAUCUUAUUACCGCAAUGUCAUGGCUGUGGGACCCUAG